AUGGAUUUGGGACAGGCUAUCGGCUCCAAUCCCCCGGGGAGAGGAGCAGGUUCGCUGAAGAAUCUCCCCACCCUCUCCUCCACAGAACGCUGCUUUGCUCUCUCCCUGUCAGGCUGCGAGUGCUAUGGCCACUCUAACCGCUGCAGUUAUAUUGACUUUCUCAACAUCGUGACUUGCGUCAGCUGCAAACACAACACUAGGGGGCAGAACUGUGAGCACUGCCGCCUGGGACACUUCAGGAACGCGACCGCGGAGCUCGACGACGAGAAUGUUUGUAUAGAGUGUAACUGUAACCAGAUGGGCUCCCUCCACGACCGGUGCAAUGAGACGGGUUACUGCGAGUGUAGAGACGGGGCCACCGGACAGAAAUGUGAAGACUGCCUGCCCGGAUACUACUGGAGGCAGGGCUGUUUCCCAAACGUCUGCGAUGAAGAGUUCCUGCUCUGUCAGAACGCAGGGACUUGCUACGAGGGCCAGAGGUGCUUGUGCCCGCCAGGGUUCAAGGGGGUCCUGUGUGAACAGCCCAAGUGUGAUUCUGGAGAGGGGGACUGUGAUGCUGCCUCAACCUUGUUCCUCAGCCUGGCCACAAUCCUGCUUUGUGCACUGCUCCACCAGCUAGCCACAUUAACUGCUUAGUGAUCGCAGGCAGGCAGGGGCGAGGAGGACUUGGCGCCCCCCUUUCUAACAUCGAAAGGUGCUUUGGAUGGUUAGGACAGACAUGGACAACUUAAGCCAAUUGUAGAUUGGUGGGCUUUUCUGCUUUUGCCAGUGACUUUCAUACCAAAAAACCCCCCACAAAACUAGAGAGACAUUAUUCUUCUUGUAAUUAUCAUUCAUUUACCCCACUUAAUGAUGCACUUAUCCAUAUCACGUUGGAGAACUGAGAUGGAUUAUAACGAUGCUGCAGUCUACAACAAUUUCGUUUUUGAAACAGACUUUGUUUCCCUCUCCCCGUUUUCCUUUAUUUGCAGCGAUUUUUGUUUCCUUUCAUCCAUUGCCUAGAGGUUUGUGAAGAAGGUUAAAGGGAAUCUAGUUACUGUUCACUCCUCCUGAUAGUGGCUGGAAGCUGCCAGGGAACAGAACUUAUCCAAAUGAAAGAAAAUCUAAAAAAAUAUAUCAAUAUUAUAUACUGUAACUGUUUAAAUAUUUUUUGUAGAAAUCGUUAUUUUUGUUCAAAGUAAACAUGAUCAUGAAAAAUAUAUAUAUAUAUAUAAAUAAAAAUGAACAAAGAAAUUCCA